CGAGCACGAAGCGUGCGGGAUGGAGCAUGCAGUUUGGGCUCCCCAGGUUUGUGCGUUGUCUGUCUGUCACUCGCUGGUUGUGCUGGGUCGGGGGAUCCGCAACGCAGGCGGGCUCUGGGUAUGGCAAGUCGGUGAAGCUAUGUAAUGUCCCUGGCCUAGGCAGCGAGGAAACGAGCAAAGCAAGUAAAGCGGAUGCAGUCAGCAGCGAGAAAGCAAGGCAAAGCGAGACAAAAAAAAAACAAAAUGAUGGAUAGCACAGCACUGGUAUGCAAGAGUAGAGUCAAUGUGGAUGUGCAACGUGGACGUGAGGGGAAAGGAAAAAAGAAAGUUACAGAUUGUGAUAGAUAGCAGGGACAGGGCAGUCACAUUUGAUCUGUUCUCUGUUUCCCGCAGGCCAAUUACAGCUACAGCAGGCAUCGCAACGUGGCGGCCUUGCUGCGCUGCAUGCAAAGAGAAUCCGCGC